AACUCAGUCGGCUCUGUAGAGAAGACGGAGAAGAAGACUGUUGUUAGGCUAGCAUAUAUAUAUAUAUAGAUAAGAGAGGAGGGGAUGGCUAUGGCUUCAUCUUCAUCGAGAAAUGGUGCGGUUAGAGGAGGAUCCAUGAGACCCGUCUCUGGCUCCAGCAAUCUCAGAUCGUCUUCUUUCAAAUCCAGGAUUCCUUCCUCCUCCGCCCCCCGUCGCAACUCCACCUCUUCUGCUUCUCUCGCAGACAAUGGAGUGCCUGGGAGAGUUCGAGUCGCUGUUAGAUUACGACCUCGUAAUGCUGAUGAGUCCGUCGCAGAUGCUGAUUUUGCUGAUUGUGUUGAGCUGCAACCUGAGCUUAAAAGGUUGAAACUCAGGAAAAACAAUUGGGAUACUGAAACCUAUGAGUUUGAUGACGUGCUUACCGAAGCUGCUUCACAGAAACGCGUCUACCAAGUUGUUGCCAAGCCUGUUGUUGAGAGUGUUCUUGAGGGUUACAAUGGAACUGUCAUGGCCUAUGGUCAGACCGGUACUGGCAAAACUUUUACCCUUGGAAGAUUAGGAGAUGAAGAUACUGCUGCUCGUGGUAUCAUGGUUCGUUCCAUGGAAGAUAUCAUUGCUGGCACUUCCCUUGACACUGACUCUGUCUCUGUCUCUUAUUUACAGCUUUAUAUGGAGACCAUCCAAGAUCUCCUAGACCCAUCUAAUGACAAUAUUGCUAUUGUCGAAGACCCCAAAACUGGAGAUGUCUCCUUGCCUGGGGCAACCCAUGUAGAGAUCAGGAACCAACAAAAUUUCCUUGAGCUCCUCCAGCUAGGGGAAACACAUAGGGUUGCAGCCAAUACAAAAUUGAAUACUGAAUCUUCUCGAAGUCAUGCAAUUCUCAUGGUACAUGUCAAGAGGUCGGUGGUAGAAAACGAGGAUCCGGUCUCAACUGAAACGGAGAACUCAUCUCACUUUCUCAGACCAUCAAAACCAUUGGUUAGGAGAAGCAAGCUUGUUCUAGUUGAUCUUGCUGGUUCUGAACGUGUUCACAAGUCUGGUAUAAACCUCAUGAGACGAUGCUUGGACAGCGGUGCCCCAGGGAAUUCAUUUUCUGGCACGGACUCAUUACCCUCACGGCAUUCCCAAGCAAGAGAAUCUCUGAACGGACAGAAGGCGCCGUUUGCUACACUAUGUGAGCAAGUGGGACUUCAAAAGAUUUUGCAAUUGCUUGAGUCAGAUGAUGCAAACAUAAGAAUUCAUGCUGUGAAAGUUGUGGCGAAUCUUGCAGCUGAAGAGGCAAAUCAAGAAAAGAUAGUUGAAGCUGGAGGGCUUACAUCAUUGUUGAUGCUUCUGAGAAGCUACGAAGAUGAAACUGUCCGAAGAGUCGCCGCUGGUGCGAUUGCCAAUCUCGCAAUGAAUGAAGUGAGUCAACAACUGAUAGUGGACCAAGGUGGAAUCAGCUUGCUAUCUCUAACAGCUGCAGAUGCAGAGGAUCCACAGACUUUACGCAUGGUUGCUGGAGCUAUUGCUAAUCUCUGUGGCAAUGACAAACUUCAAGCAAGACUAUGGUCGGAUGGUGGAAUAAAAGCGUUGUUAGGAAUGGUUAGAUGCGGACAUCCGGAUGUUCUUGCGCAGGUGGCUCGUGGAAUUGCAAACUUUGCAAAGUGCGAGUCCCGAGCAACCACUCAAGGUGUUAAGAGUGGAAGAUCACUACUAAUAGAAGACGGAGCUCUUCCAUGGAUUGUACAACAUGCUAACGAUGAAGCUGCGCCAAUCAGGCGGCACAUAGAGCUAGCUUUAUGUCAUUUGGCCCAGCAUGAGGUGAAUGCGAAGGAGAUGAUAAGCGGAGGAGCGUUGUGGGAGUUGGUGAGAAUAUCAAAGGAAUGUUCAAGAGAAGACAUUCGAAGUUUGGCUCAUCGUACUCUCUCUUCCAGUCCCGUCUUCCGUUCUGAGAUCCGUCGCCUCGGCAUCCAGUUUUGACUUUGUUCUAAGUUUGUAACAUAAUUAUCGAGAUUCACACAUGACGCACCCAUCAUCAUCUGUAUUCUUUCUAUUUAUUUUAUUUUAUCUAUGUUAGUACUCAACUUUUCGUUCACUUUUGAUUGUAAAAAACGCCUUACUAAAUCACGUUUUAUGAUUCAUCCAACCUCGAAAUAAAAAGAAAGAUUAGUAGAAGACUUAUUAUGAAACAAUGUGUCAAAAACACAGACUGUCUAAUAUUUUACAAUUUACAUUAUAAGAAAAGAAACACCUCGUGAACGCUACCUUCUUCCCAUGGCUACCACCGAUCAGGCAAACGUAAAUUUUUGUGACAAAAAAAAAAAAAAAAAAAAA